AUGAAACUGGCGGAAUUAUGUGCGCAAAUAAAAAAAGAACAACAAUGGGUUAGACUUUCGAACUUAGAGAUUGUUGGUUUACCACAAAACUCAAAAGAAUCAACUUCUGAAUUAAUAAUCAAAAUAGCCAGCCAUGCAGGAAUAAAGCUUACAGAUGAUCAAAUUGUUUUUGCGCACCGAGUUCAGCCUAUGCAGAAUGUUGGAGGUCGCCCAAAAAACAUUGUGGUCAAAUUUCAGAAUCGCACUAUUAAAGAUAAUAUUAUUUCAGGGCUCCGAAAAACCAAAGGAAUUACUACUUCAGAUAUUGGACUGGGUGGUCCAGCCAAAAGGCUUUUUGUUAACGAACACCUGACCCCUAGCAACUAG